UUGUACCUGUACUAUUUAACAUUUUGUUUUGUUUUAAUUUAGAUACUUUUAAUAAAUAUAUAUGAUGAAUGUAACAAAAUAUUCAGUUGUACAUUUUUAUGAUGAUAACACAGUCGAGGCUGUACCUCAAUUUUGGUUUCGCAAAAACAAUGGUACGUGUGCCUGGCCAAAAAAAACAAAAAAAUUUCAUAAACUUGUUGAAAAACACUGUAUACCAAAUGAAAUGGAAUAUGAUUUCUUAGAAGCUAGAGAGAUGUGUUCAGGAAUAGAAUCCCUGAUAAAAGCCAGAGAGAAAGCAAAAAAAGCCAUGUUUGUUUCUGACCUUUCUGAUGAUGAUGAUAAAGCUAAUCGAAAAAUCAAGCAUAAGAAAACCCCAUAUUCAACAGCAUCUUUAAGUUCAUGUCCAAUUUAUUUAGAUUCUGAUGUUACUGAAAAUAAUGCAGCAAUUAAUACAUCAAUAAAACCAAACACUAAAAUGAUUAAUCAUGAUGCACAAUUUCAGUCACCUUCUCCAAAAAAAUAUAAACAAAUAAUUGAGAGCAAGCCUAAUGGUUGGUCUCCAUCUCCCCUAAAAGCAUCAGCUUCAAAAGUAGCAAGAAAAUUAUCUUACGAUAAAAGUCCUAAGUCAACAUCUAUCAAAAAACCAGUAAAACAAUUGACGAUUUUUGAUAAACUAUUAUCUGAUGGCGACGAUAACAUGUCUGCAGAUGGUGCUGAUGGUUAUUAUAUGACAAAAAUAAAUACUCCUAUUUCAUCAUCAAAAGUAGAAAUUAUUAAUUCUUCAGUGACUGAUAAGAGUCAAGAUAAAAGUUCACAAAAGAUGCUCAAAGGUAUAUUAAGAAAUAUUAUAUAUUUACAAACUGAUAUAAAACAUAUCGAAAUAAAGCAAAAUGAAAUAUUAAAUAAAUUGGAAUCUAUUGUAUCAAAUUAUGGAAAUAAUAGCAAACAAGAUGAUUCUAAUAAUGUCAAUGAAUUACAAGACUGCAAUUUUCCAAUCGAUGAUUUAUAUAAUUUAAAUAUUAUAGAAGACCAAAUUAAUACAAAUUUAAAUUUUAAAAAAUGUUUGGUUCAAUAUUUAUCAUACUUGGGAGGUAAUAACAUUAAUUGUACUAUGAAGAGAAUACUGAUGAAAUUAUUUACUGACAAUUUACUAUCUUUAUUUUCGUAUAAUGGUAAAAAAGGAAAAAAGAAAUUUUGCGAUCUGAUUAUUUGUCCUGUUAUUUUUGAUGCUGUAAAAUGUCAAUCCAAAUUUAUGAAUGUUUCACAAAACGAAUUGGAAAGUAGAAUCAAGUACCAUUUAGCACAGGCACCAUUCAACAUUAAAAAAAACAAUAAACUUGGAUUAAAUGCAGAAGCUGCAGACUAAAAUUAGCUAAAAACCAUAGGUUUUUUUACAGAUGAAUUUUUUUACAAUUUUAAUAAAAUAAAAGCUAUAUUAAAAUAGUUUAUUUUCUGCAAUAUUCUUUAUAAUUAUUAUUUAAGAUUUUAAUAAAUAAUAAG